GUGUGAUAUAUUUUUUUGCUUGUCUGUAAGAUUAUGAAAAAACCCUAGCAUUUCUAGCUCAAAAAAAGAGAAGAUGGAGGAGGAAGAAGGUGUAAAGAGAAGUAUUGAAAGUGAAAAGCCACCAGAUGAUGACGUUUGUCCCAUUUGCUUUGGAAAUUUUACUAUUCCUUGUAAAACCAACUGUGGUCACUGGUUUUGUGCAAGUUGCAUAUUGCAGCUCUGGCACUACAGAUCAGCACUACGGCAAUGUAAGUGCCCAAUAUGCUGUUGCCUCAUUAGUAGGUUGGUACCGGAGGCAUCAUUACUUGUUCAACAGGAAGAGGAUGUUGUCGAACUACUUAGGAAGAUUCGGCGGUACAAUCACCUCUACAUUAGUGGUGCUUAUGGGAUUUUUCUGAAGGUACUAGCACUUCCACUUUUAACGAGGAGAGUUCUCCGAGCGCUGAUGGAUGCACUGAUGGAUCCUGAUCAAGUUCGGUUAAACUAUUACUUGAUGCGCCUUCUUGCAUUGUUGCUGAGCUGGAUCUACUGUAGCUGCGAAUUCAAGUUCAUUCCUACUGGAGGACUAGGAAUCUGGAGACUGCUUGACAUCUGUGCUAUUGCCACGGUGGCCAUUUUCUCUUUGGCUGGCCUAUGCCGUAGAUGGGUUCUCCGUCGUCGUGUGAGACAGUUGGCUGCUCUACCAGCACUGCCUGAUUGAAAUUCCAUGCCAGCCUAAUGGAGAGUCCAUGCUGUGAAUAUAUCUUGACUUUUGUUGGCUUUAAAGAAAAAGAUUCCCUUGCAGAAAAUUUGAUUGUAUGGGAGGUAAUUUUAAAGGCAGCUCCCACUAAUAUUAUAGGUCAUAGUAGUCAUAACUUUAAUCAACAAAGUAUUUAGUAUGCUUUUGGUUCACACUCAAACUUCGUAGAUGGUCUGGUAUUCCACCAAUUAGUAAUCCAAGAUUACCAAGGCCUGCAGUCUAGUGGUAUCUCACAUCAAAA